GUUGUUGUUUACGCAAAUUGUUUACGGAAAUUAUUUAUUUAUUUACCGCUGGUGGAGUGCACUUUUCGCCAUGGAUUUCGACAGUCCCGAGGAGAAGGAGUUUCCCGGGCUGUACGCCUCGGAGGCGGCGGAUGCCAGGUCGAAGAAGAGCAAGGAGGAGAGCGACUUCAGCGAGGAUCACGACCUCAGCAAGAAGGACCUGUUGAUCGGGCGGCGCAAGGACAAGAAGGAGAAGGGCAAGGAUCGGGGCUACGCCGCCCUGGAGGGCGAGAGCUCGCCGGAGGAGGAGCUGGACACCAAGAGUCCCUCCAAGUCGAAGAAGUCGAAGACCUUCAAGUUUGUCAGCUCCAAGAGCAAGGAGAAGCGCGAAAAGUCGCGCGACAAGUCGGAAAAGGAUGCGAAGCACGCGGAGGAGGAGCCUGGCCCCUCGCACAAGGCCAAGGAGAAGGAGGGCAAGGACAAGGAGCGCGACGAGCCCAAGAAGAAGGACAAAAAGGCAGAUAAGAAGGAGAAGAAGGACAAGAAGAGCAAGCAGCUGUCGCAGCAGCAGGACGACACCUCCGCCGCCGAGGAGGUGCUGGCCCUCGGAUAUCCCGUCUUCGGGGUGUCCGUCAGCCUGGCCACCGAAAGGUCCCGCUGCCACGACGGCGUGGACAUACCACUGGUUGUGCGCGACUGCAUCGACUUCCUGCAGGAUCACCUGAAGUGCGAGCAGAUCUACAAGAUUGAGCCCAUCAAGACGCGUCUGAUGCACUACAAGCGGUUGUACAACAAUCGGGAGCACGACUCCGCCGUCGAUGAGCUCAACCUGCCCACCGCCUGCAGCCUGCUGAAGCUCUUCCUGCGCGAGUUGCCGGAGCCGCUGCUGACCACCGAUCUGGUGGCCCGCUUCGAGGAGGUGGCCUCCCAUCCGAAGGUGACCACGCAGCAGGCAGAGCUGCAGCAGCUGCUCGAGCAAUUGCCCAAGUGCAACCGCACUCUGUUGGCGUGGGUGCUGCUCCACUUCGACGCGGUGAUCCAGCAGGAACGGCACAACAAGCUCAACGCUCAGUCGCUGGCCAUGCUGCUCAGUCCGACGCUGCAGAUGUCCCACCGCCUGAUGGUGGCCCUGCUCUGCCACUGCAACAGCUUGUUCGCGGACGUCCAGCUGAUAAAGUAUGUUCCACCGCUCACAUCGGCCAGCCCCAAGCUUCCGGAUACGCCGGAGGACAUUCAGACGGAGUUGCGCAAGCAGGACAGCCUGCUAAACCAAAUCCACAGCGAGAUGAAUGCCGGGUUCAUUACCAAGAAGCGCGAGGAACAGCUCUGGGAGGUACAGCGUAUAAUAACGCAGCUCAAGCGAAAGUUACGCACCUUUGAGAAGAAGCAGGAAAAAUCCGUGGAGGAAUUGGACACCAGCAGCAGUGCAGCGCCCACAGUCGUGAGUGAGGACACCACGGAUUCCAAGCCAACUGUCGUCCCAGUCGCAUCCACUAGCAGCAGUAUUCCCGUCGAGGAGCCAACAACGGAGGAGCGUCCCUCCAAAGACCCUCCGAUCGAGUUCUCCAUUGAUCCCGCAACUGGCUUCAUUUUGUUGCCAAAGUCAAAUCCGCACCGCGAAAAUUUGCUGCGUCUGCAAAUCGAAUAUGACGAGUUGAUGGACUGGCAGAACGAACUCAAGUCCCGCAUAGUCGCCGAACGCAACGAGGUCUAUAGGCUCAAGCAGUUGUACGAGCAGCAGUCGAUAAACAGUCAAAUGGCCGCCUUGGCCACUGGAUCACAGGCACCGCCGGAGUCCGAAUACGAGCGAAUUAUCGAGCACUACACUCGCGAAAAUGCGCUGCUGGAGCACAAGAAAAAUAUGCUGGGCAUGGAGCUAAAGGAGGAACGACGGGCUUGCAUAGCCCUACAAGUGGAGCUGCGAUUGCAGCAGUUUUAAAUGUAUUAAUAUUAUUAAUGUAUUACUAGGAUGGGUCAAUUUGCGGGAUAUAACUGUGAUCAUAUCCCGGAAACUAAAAGCUCCUUUCCAAAAAAACAACAAAGACUUUACCAGGCAAUCGUCUUCAAGGGUUUCGAUACUAUUCCUUUCUGUUUCAUUUAAUAUUAACGAUAUUUAAUAUUGAAAUCAUACAAAAUCUUAAAUGAAAACGCUUGGAAUGUUUUUAAAAAUAUAUAUUUG